AUGGCCUCGCCAAGAAUAUCAUCAGUUUCAACAGGAAGAGAUUCUCCAAAUCCUACAUCAUUUAAUGAACCUUUUCAAUUUGAUGAACAAAAAAUUGCAUCUAAUGCAGCAAAUCCUGAAAAACAAGAAUUAUAUGUUUUUAAUUGGUUAGCUAAUUUAGAAAGAGAACUCAAAAAAACUGAUAAGGAUUCACUAAAACAAUGCCAAACAAAUCUCGAGAAACAAUUAUUAAAAUUUAUAUCGUCAGUAGCGCCAAAACCACAUAGACCUAUUAGACAACUCGUAGCAAGAAUUUUUGUUAUUAUAUAUAUUAAAGGAGAAUCUAGAACUUUAUUUGAUACUAUUACAGCACUUCAGAGUUUAGUUGGUGCAGGUAAAAAUGUAGGAGAAAAAGAAACUAAAUUAGCUGCAUUACAUUGUAUCGGUAUAAUUUUAAAAUCAUUAGGUGAUAGGAUAUUAUCCCUAUUUCCUGAAACUAUUAAUAUUUGUUUGAAAACGAUCAAGAAUUCGUCUAAUGCAUUGAUCGUUAGAUUAGAAGCUAUUUAUACGAUAAGUAAAUCUCUUGAAGGAGCAGGUAAAGGUGCAACAGAAUCUAUAAUAAAAGAUAUCAUGAAGCAAAUGAAAUCCGGGUUAGGCGAUAAGGCAUUAAUCAUUAAGGUUGCCUCAGUACAGUGCAUGCAUGCAGUGGCAAAGUAUACACAUCAACAAUAUCCAAUUUCAGCUAGUGAAUUAGAUAAUUUACUUAAUCAAAUGGUUAAAUUACUUGAUGGAUCUAAUCAAACAAUUCGUCGAUCAGUUUCUUCUUAUAUUGCAACAUUAUUAGCAGGAACGCAAAAUGAAGUUGACUUUUUGGCAACAACAAUUUCAUCAUCAUCAAAGAAUAAAUCAUCCACCACGACACAUAAUGCAUCAUCACUAACAUCAGGUGGUGGAAGUCCAACAUUAAGCUCACAGCAGGAUUCUUCAUCAUCGGCCAAAGUGAUAUUAUCAGUAGAAGAAAUGCUAACACAUUUAUCAACAAUUUAUAACAAACAAUCAACCACAAGAGAAAUGAGAGCAGCAAUAAUAGAAUCAUAUUCGGCAUUAUUUCUACAAUUAGGUACAAAAUAUGUUGAAUUAAAUUAUUCAUUUAUCGCACAACAUUUAUUAAAAGAUCUUGUAUCACAUCCAAGAAAUUCAUCAUCACGUUAUGAAGCACUUAACGUUCGAGAACAUUGUGAGUUAUUAUUGCGUGAUGUUAUUGGAACUAGAUUAUUAAGUGAACAAGGGCAAGUUACUGCAGUCCGUGAAUUGGCUAACGGAUGGUUAAAACAGUGGCCAGCAUUAAUGACAAAUCAAGUUGAACCAUCAAAAUUAUCACUUGUAUGUGCAGUCAAUGAAAUAUCCGGAUUAUUAUUGGAUUUAGGAGGAGCAGCAAGUACAGUAUACGAUGUAGUAGCAGAUCCGUUAGUUAUAUUAUUAAGUCAUACGAGUUAUUCGGUACAAAUAGUAACAGCAUGGUGUCUUAGAUGUUUAUGUUAUUCAUUACCAAUCAAAUUAUCAGGAUUGAUUACAAAAGUACACGGAUUACUUAAUAAAGAUCUAAAUAAUUUAGCGAAUCCAUCAUCAACAACAGAUUUAUCAAAGAGAACACUUGGUUACGCGUAUGGGUUAGCAGCAUUAUUAAGUGUUAUACCAAGCAGACCAUUAAAUGUACCAUUUGAAUUAAGUGCAAAAAUAUUCUCAUUAUCAACGCAAUUAAUUAAAACAAGCGCAAACAAAGAUUUGGCAAUUGCAAGUAUACAAAUACAAGUAGCGUGGAUAUUAAUAGGAUCGUUAAUGACACUAGGGCCUAAUUUUGUUAAAUUACAUUUACCACAGUUGUUAAUAUUAUGGAAAACAGCAUUACCUAAAUCAACUAAUAGUAAAGAGUCGGUAUCAAAUCGAACUGAAAACGAAUGGUCAUUUAUGUUUCAUGUUAGAGAAUGUGUUUUAGGAGCGAUGUUAAGUUUUCUAUUACAUAAUUCUAAAUUAGUUACUAUAGAUAUAUCAAAAAGAUUAGUAGCAUUAUUAGGUAAUACAUUAACAUUUAUUUCGUUAGUACCAAAUUCAUUUUCGAAUAAUCCUACACCAAAUUCGUCCGUUACGUCAAUAACACCACAAUUACCAUUUUCAACAUCUUUAAAAUUUUCGGAUAGAGAAAAUAUGUUAAAAAGAAGAACAUUUCAAUGCUUUGUGGCCUUAAGACCGAUUAGUGUAUAUGAUAAUCUAAUUACACAAUUGUUGAAAUUAAGUGUGACGCAAUUUGCGGAUCCCGAAAAAAAUGUGGGUAGCGCUAUUACAGCAGCCAUUGUAGCAGCAGUUUCAGGAAAUUUUACCAGCGUAUGGACAACAGGAGACGAAUACGCAUAUGGAGUGACCAGUAGAUUGCAGGGAAUGAAUAUAGAUAUCGCUAAUCUAAUAGAUGAUGAUGAUGAAAAAAGUGAUAGUAGGAAAAUAGGCGUGAGAGAUUGGUUAAAUAGAGAUUUAGUAGAAAGCAGAGUAGAGAAUCAAUUAGAACAACCAAUUAUUGGAGCACCUGAACAUGACUCAUUAAUGAUUUAUACCACUUAUUGGAUCGGAAAUAUUAUAAUGGAUAUGUUACAAGAAUCAAUCACGCAUCCGGACCCAUAUUUAAGGAAUGCGGCAAGUGAGACUUUAGGAAGACUAUUGAGUACCGUUGGCGGUAAUUUGGUAACCACGCAAAUGCAAUUGUUGGUAGAUCAGGUGGUUAAUAAUAGAGAACCAGACACUCGAGCGGGUAGCGCAUUAGCACUUGGAUGUAUUUAUAGUCACGUGGGCGGAAUGGCGGCUGGUGGUCAUUUGAAAACAUUGGUUGGUAUAUUAUUAUCAUUAAGUAGUGAUCCUCAUCCCGUUGUACAUUUUUGGGCAUUGUAUGCGUUAGCACAAAUAAUCGAAUCUGCCGGAUUAAUGUUUUCGCAAUAUGUCAGCAGCACUCUUGGUAUCAUUGUCAAAUUAUAUAUGUCAGAUACUCAUGAACCAGGUGGUGGAACUGUCGGAACUACAAACGUUGGAUUAGGAUUUUCUGCUUAUCAACAAUUUGGUAAAAUUAUAUAUGGAUUAAUUGGUACGUUAGGUCCUGAAUUACAAUCAAGCACCAAAAUACGAAACUUAUGUUUAAAUUUAAUGAUCGAAUUAAGAAAUGAUGAAGAAGAAAUGGUGGUGGUGGAAUCAAUUAGAUGUUUACAGCAUUUCAUUAUGUUUGCCCAGCAAUUUAUUGAUUUACCUAGAUUGGUAGCCUUCUUGCAAUUUCAAUUAAGCAGUAAACAUUUACCAUUAAAAGAAGUUGCUGUUACAUGUUUGUAUCAAUUGGUGCAAAAGAAUGCUAAACAUGUAUUUGAAGUUUCCGUACCUGGUUUGGAUAACCAAUUAUUUAGUUUAUUGGAUACUGAUCCAACCAUUGAUGGCGUUAAAGAUAUUGUAAAAAGUUGGUUAAAUCAAACGGCGAUAGAUAAUCCUUCCAUUUGGGUCGAGUUAUGUAGAAAAGUAAUGUCGAAAACUGGUAGUAGUUUCGAUUUUAGAGAAAGAGCUAACGCUAAUAGGGAAUUAGAAAAGAAUACUAAAUUAAUUCAAGAUUCUGUUCAAAUUCCACCCAGGUGGCGUACUCAAUUAUUUGCGUUACAAUGUUUACAUCAAGUUGUUGAAGUUAUUAGUAAUUCUGGCGAUAAAGAUCAUUUUGAUCUAUCUAUUGCAAAGAAGAAGAGUGCAAACGGAAAAGAUUAUUUAGUAUUAAGAGUACAAGAAUUAAUCAAAAUGGCGUUUACUGCUAGUACCGCCGUUGUUGGUGAAAUGAGAUUAGAAGGAUUGACCGUAUUAAGAGAUGUGAUUGAGGCGCAAAUAGGAGCGGCGCUUACUCCAGCGUUUACAGCUGAAUCUUCACCAGAAAUUUUGUCAGCUGCUGUAAAAGUAUGUGCUGUAUUUGUUGGUAGUGGUAUCGUAAAAGAAUUAUAUCGUAUGGGUCGCAUUUUAAAGUUAUUAACUACCGCAUUGGAAAAUUGUAAAGAUAAUGCUAACGUUACUGCUGUUGGUGAUAUUAAAGAUUUAAGCCCUCAUGCUGCAAUUAUGGUUAAAUUAUCCGUAUUAAAUGCGUGGGCUGAAUUACAAGUUUCUAGCAUUAAACAAUCUUAUUUAAUACAAGUAUUAGAACCAAACUUGCCAUUGUUAUGUCCAUUGUGGGUAUUAGCAUUAAAAGAGUAUGCAAGGGUACAAAUUGAACCUGACAUAGCUGAAGCACAAAUUAAUAUAAUCGGUAGCAGAGGAAAUGGGGGGAAUGUUGGCGGGUCAUUUCUUUCACCUACACAGACUGAAGUAUUUGAUUCAAUGUAUAGUGGAUUAACAAGAGAAGUUAUUCUUCCGUAUUAUAAUAGAUCUUGGUUGACUAUAUUAGGAGCCGUUGCUAGUUUAGUGGAUAGUGGCAAUCCAUUAAUUAUUAAUGCAUUAAAUGGAAAAGACCUUUCAUCAACUACAAGUGAUGUAAAAGAUGAAGUACAACAGCAUGAUGAAUUUACAAAUUUUGAAGCAUUAUCAAAGACAUUUGGAGGUGGUAGAAGAUCGAGCGGAUUGAUCGGUAGUGUUAAUUCAAGUGGAGAUAAAUCUAAUGUUACAAGUGACAACGAUAAAGUUGUCAAAACUUGUAUUAAUGCUUUAAAAGCUUUUCUUAGACCUAUUGUCGCUGGUAACAUAUUUUUAGAAAGAAUAAUAUUUAUUGAAUUAAUUAGCUUAUUUGAUAGGUUAGUUCUAACUGAAGGAUUUGAAGUACAACAUGAUAUUAUACAAACUAUCGCUAAUAUUAUUAAUGAUUAUGGGAGUACUUUUAUCUGUGAUGAUUUAUUAACUAUGGAACAUAAAAGAAGUACAACAAUUAAUGGGAAUUUGGGGAACGAUUCUACUAUGAAUAAUGAAGAAGAUAAAUCACAAACCAUAUUAUUUUACAUGUUAAGAUUACUUGUUAACAUAUUUUUUCAAAAAAUUCCUUCGCUUUCUGCAAGACCCAAUUCCCUAAGGAUAUUUAGACCCCCCCAAGGAAAUGCUAGAGGUCAAACUUCUCAACAAAUUAAUACUGUAUUAAAAGCAUCAUUAGAAGCUUUUACUUCACUUAUUACUAUUAUACCGAUUAAAUAUAAAAAUGAUUUAAUCGCAAUAGCAUUUUAUGUAUUUAUAUCUUUAAUUCAGGAUCCAAAAUUUCAACAAAAUGAUAUGACACAAAAUGUAUUGUAUAAUAUAAAACUAUUAUGUAAUGGAGGAAAUUUAGAGAGUUUGUUUAAUGAUGAAAAAGAUUUGAAAAAAUUUUCUAAAAUUAUCCAUUCUUCCAUUUGGUCUAUUUUAACUAAAAUUAAUUCUGUAUUAACGAGUGUGGAUAAAGAAUAUAGUGAAGAAGAAGUAUCAAUAAUAAAAAAUUGUUUAUUGGCUUUGGUAUUAUUAUUUACUUGUAAUCCUAAAUCCUGUUUAAGGUCUUUAGGAUUGCAAAAUGAAUUUGUUAAGAUAUUAAAAAAAGGAUUUCAAUCUAAUAAUACUACGAUUGCUGUAACUUCAUUACAAUGUAUUCGUACUCUUAUCUUACUUUCAACCAAAUCGGAAAGCGACACGAUUACAGUAAUGGCUUCAACGGAGAUCAGUUAUAAUUGUAUUAAGGCGUUAAUACCACAAUUAGUAAUGUUUUUACAAAAUAUUAAAGACUCAAGGUUGGAACCAAGCGAUGAUAAACUUGAUAAACUUGAUAUUGUUGAAGAAGUUAUUAAAACCUUACUUAUGGUAAACACUGUAGCCAACGAAUCUCACAAAUCGCUUGUUAUUGCAGUUACUUUACCAACAUUAAUUAAUCUUUUAGAAGAUGCACCAUUAGAAUCAUUUAAUCCACUUCCAAAAUUACAUUUGAUUUCGGUUAAACAUGUUCUUUCAUUGGCUGCUACUAAUCCAUUAAAUUUUAAAGAAGCGUUAGCCACUUUAACACCUCAGCUUAAAUCUAAAUUAGAAAAUUCUAUAAGGUUUAAUGUAUUACAAGAGCAACAACGGUUACAAAAAGAAAGAGAAAGGAAGGCCAAUGAGCAAUUAGAAUUUAGCAAAGGACCUAGUAUUAGUUUAAAAAAUGACUUUUCCGGUACGCGACAACGUCUCUUAUUGGCGGUCCACAAUAAGAUUGUCCUUGAUUAUGAUAACUGA